UCUCGGCGUGGCCGGGCUGGGCUGGGCUGGGCUCGGCCGGCGUCGGUGUCCUCAUGGCCGCGGCCGCUUGGCGGGACGGCUCCGGCCAGGAGAAGUACCGGCUGGUGGUGGUCGGCGGGGGCGGCGUGGGCAAGUCGGCGCUCACCAUCCAGUUCAUCCAGUCCUAUUUUGUGACAGAUUAUGAUCCAACCAUUGAAGAUUCUUACACAAAGCAGUGUGUCAUAGAUGAUAGAGCUGCCCGGCUAGAUAUUCUAGAUACAGCAGGACAAGAAGAGUUUGGAGCGAUGAGAGAACAGUAUAUGAGAACGGGCGAGGGCUUCCUGUUGGUCUUUUCAGUCACAGAUAGAGGAAGUUUUGAAGAAAUCUAUAAAUUUCAAAGACAGAUUCUCAGAGUAAAGGAUCGUGAUGAGUUUCCAAUGAUUUUAAUUGGUAAUAAAGCCGAUCUGGAUCAUCAAAGACAGGUCACACAGGAUGAAGGACAGCAGUUAGCACGACAGCUUAAAGUAACAUAUAUGGAGGCAUCAGCAAAGAUCAGGAUGAAUGUAGAUCAAGCUUUCCAUGAACUUGUUCGGGUUAUAAGGAAGUUUCAAGAGCAGGAAUGUCCUCCUUCACCAGAACCGACUCGGAAAGAAAAAGACAAGAAAGGCUGCCAUUGUGUCAUUUUCUAAGAAUCUUUUCAAGUUUUAGCUACCAACUGCCAGGAAAAGCCUCAUCUUCUUCUCUCCUAUGGUUUACAUCAUGUUGGUACCUUUCUAGCCUUAGACAAAUGAUCACCGUGGUAGCCUUAGACCAAGAGGCUGGUUAAUCCUCUUGUGAAGCUAAUCCUGAGGCCAUUUCAAGAUAGAUUUAAAGGAAACACUAAGGCUGCUUAAAAGAUUAUUUGGUUCCUUUAAAAUAUAUAUCUCUAUACACAGACACUUUUUGUUUAAAUGAAAUACAUUUAAUAGUGAAGAAUCAGAUUGGAACCUAAACAUUUGUCGCACUGAAGUCAUAGGUUGUGAAAUAACUUUUAACUUCUGGAAUCAACUUCUGUUACUUUACAUAGAAUUAUAGGAAGUUUUUUUCAAAUGUGAAUUUUUGCCUAGCUCCAAAAAUUUUGUUAGCAACUUUAAUUUAUCUUGAAUACACUGAACUUCAAUCCAUAAAA